AUGAUCAUUGGCAGGGUUGAAAUACCUCAAAGACCUGUCAUGAAGAGAACGAAGUUCUCUAUCACGAGGGAAAAUAGGAGCAGGGAUUAUGUACCGGAUGGAUUUAUUUCAUUCAGCGACGAGGAAGUGGAAGGCAUCACCCAGCCUUACAAUGACGCCUUGGUAAUCUCUGUACUUAUAAAUAAAACUCACGUUAAACGUAUUUUAAUUGAUCCAGGUAGCUUGGCAAAUAUCAUCGGAUGGAAGGUCGUCGAACAACUGGGUAUGUUGGAUCAAAUCAUACCAACAACCUGGGUCUUGAACGGGUUCAACAUGGCCUGUAAAACCACUAAAGGAGAGAUUACCUUGCCUGUGAACGCAGCCGGAGUUGUGCAACACGCAAAGUUCUACGUUAUUGAUGGAGAUAUGAAGUGCAAUGCCUUGUUCGGGAGACCUUAG